CCGGCAAAAAAAUUUAAUUAUGUACACAUGCCAUUUUUAAGUCACAUGACUUGAAUCUGAUUUUAAAAUAGUUCCCCAAUUUUCUUCGUUAUAGAAAAAUUAUUAAGAUGGAUUCCAUUAAUGAACAUCCUGAUGUUUUAAUAGAUUCUUUACCAUACUUUGACCAAGAAAUUGAUUAUGAAGGAAUGCGAGCAAAAGUUGAUAAACUUGUUGAACAGGAGAUGAAGAAACGUCCAGUUGGCGUGAAACGUGAUCAAGCUUUGAAUUUUCCAGCAAAUUUCGAAUUCUUUAAAGAUUCACCUAUUCUUGCAACAGAGUAUCAACGUGUUCAAUUGGGUAAACCGAUUGUCGAAAUGGAUAUAAAUAGAUAUAAAUUAGCGGAACCUGAUAAUAAAGAAGAUCAAGAAGCAUGGGAAAAAGCUGUAAAUAAUUCUAAAGCACAAUUACAACAUCAAAAUUUGCGAAUGUUCAAUUUGGAAUUACUACAAAAAUACGGAGCUAAUGCUUGGAGACUUCACAAUUACCAAUUAGAAAAUGAAUUGCAGCAAUAUCAAAAAACUUUGGAGGAAUAUAAACAGAACAUCUUAGAUUUGAAUAUACAGAGAAAAGCUGAACAGCUCCAAACAGGGAAUAAAAUUGAAGCAUUGAAUAAUAAAUGGACAGAGAUGAUUGGUCAAACUCUUCAAGUAGAAGUCGCCUGUGCUUCUUUAGAAGUUGAAGUACAACAAUUGAAAUUAUAUGAAAAACAACUUAGAGCAUCAUUGGGCGCGAAUAAUGGAGAACAGGUUUCUGAAAAUGAAAACGACCAAAAAGAAGAUUAACUAUUUUGAAGCUCAAAGGCAUAAUAAAAAUCUGCUGAAAAUGAAAAAGAAUACCAUAAGUUAAUAAAUUUCGUAAAUUUAAUAAAAUUUAUAUUUGAUCAGGUGUAUAUUCAUUAGAUUUGGUUUAGAACAUAGAAAUUAAUUUAUAUUUCAGUAUUCGUC